AUGAAAAUUCCAGAAGGGCCCUGCCGAGUUUGCCACAGUGUUAAAGGAACACGUCGUCAUUUUGGAAUAACAGCUUGCAUGUCAUGCUCCUCAUUUUUCAGAAGAUCCUUGAACUGUAAAUUCUAUUGUCCUGCAAAUAACUCUUGCACAAUUUUGGAUGAUCAAAAACAAUUCUGUCGAUCAUGCCGCUACAACAAAUGUGUGCAGUCAGGGAUGAGGAGAGAUUGUGUUCGGAAACAAAGUUAUAGGCGUCAGGCAGGCAGAAAAGAAGCUAAAUCACCUGCCGUCUCCUGUAGCAACAAAUUGAGCGAAAGUUACGAGGAACUGCUCAAUUUUUAUGUGAAAGAAGCCAAUGAAAGCAUUGCUCGGAAAAGGCAAAGCCCUUUGAAAAACGCCCAUCAAGUUAAAACUUCAAAGGAACUGCUUGAAAUCUCGAAAUCUGAAGAUAAAACCUCAUUGGAUGCUGUCCUGCAUUGCUAUGGAACAUAUAUCUUAGACGAUGAAGACAUUACGACUUUGAUAAGAUACUUCAAAUUUAUGAACACUUGGAUUGACUCUGCAUUCGUUUAUUCAAAAUCGACAUCAAAUGAGGAAUUGUUGGAUGGAAAUGACAUUUGCAAGUUCGCCUAUCAAAUCGAUACAUCAAUUGGAUUGUCUCUCAAAAACCUAAAUUUAAACAUCUUUGAAUACGCUGCUCUCCGAGCAAUUUGUAUUUGGAAUCUGAAAUUUUAUGAGACGAGUCCAAAGAUGAAGUCACUGGCUUUGGAACAUUACAAAGGAAUUACUGGUGCAUUAAGGCAGUACUACGAGAACUACAUGUCUGAUAUGGAUAUUGCUGUAAGAAUAGGUGAAAUCACCAUGCAAAUCACGACGAUUUCUGAUCUGUUCCACGAUCUCAUCACAUUGCAUCAGAAGUAUCAAAUACCAUUUUGAGAAUAAUUAUUGCACAAUAAUAUAUUUUUUGCAUGUAUUCAAUAAUAAAUGUUGCUUGAU